CUCCGUUCUUGAAAAUCUUCCUCCAAUUCGCCUUCCAUGCCUUCCUUAUUCUAUGGUAACCGGCUAACAUUCCUAUUAGCCGCCCCUGUCAUCCUACUCUGUGGAGCACUUAUUGGCCCUGUCUUGCCCGUCACUGCAACUUUCGCCGUCGUCGAUCUUUCAUGGAAGGGUACAAUUCCCAAAACAAACACUUGUCUACUUCGAGCCUAGACUGGCGGGGGCCCCAUUCAAAUAAAUGCCCCUCGUCACUUCAGAUGAGCGGCGCCCUGUUGAUCCAACGCUCACAUAUCCACUUUUUCAUUCUUCCCAGUCUGUAGAAUGUUCAGAUGCCCUAUUGCUUGCUCCUUCCUUGCGCCUCGCCCGUCUCUCAAUCCUUCCUUUCUUUUCUAUUCUUACCUACUCAUCCUCGUUCUGAACCUCCUUCGCCUUGUCCCUCCUUCUCUCUCCCUCCUUCUCCCUCCUUCUCCCUCCUCCUCCCCCCCCCUCCCUCGACCCCGGCCUCCCACACGUCAAGACGGACACAAACACACGGACACACACUCACACACAUAAUCUUCCCAACACAACACACUCAAUACAUACACUCAUACACAACUUGCAGGGCUCACAGCAGCAUCAUCAGCAUUGAUGUGAUGCACUCCCUGCUCGUCCAUUAUGCCACCUCUUCCUCGGCCCGUCCUAUCAUCAUGCUAACGCCUGACCACUUUUUAACUACACACUGCCCAUUAAUACUCCCCACAAAUCGAAACUACUCCCUCCCAAUCCGCCGUGUCGCCUUACGACAGGCCUGCUUCUACUGUGCCAUCUUCUGCUGCAGCCCGCCGAGCAUUGUUCGUCGCUCUUCUUCUCAAAACGGAACUCUUACUAGCCUCGCCCCUGCCUUCUUGCAGUUCUCACUGCGCUCACUCCUACCCUUUCUUCCUUGCGCUCACUCCACUACCUCUAUUGUAAGACCUGCCCUGCAAGGAACUGCUCUGCGAAGCCCCCAUGCGAUGCUAUGCAGAGUGAGAGAGCCUCUGUCGCAUAGCCUUGCUUGAUCUUAUAGAUACGUGCCCGAGAGACUUCGCUACGUCGACUUAUCACUCGUUGCUAUUAACGUCCUGCCCCGUCACUCAACUAUAUAUCUUCUACAACAAAGCUUCCGAUCGGGCCUACAAAAUUCAUCCGAGCGCCUGCCACCGUCAUACAAUAUUGUUCCUUCGGUUCCCUGCGUUGCAGCCGAGCCUUUCAAUUUUUUCUUUCAUCCAAAGUUUCUACUCCUCUCUAAUGCCAUCUAUGAUAUGAGGUUCGACGCAUUCUCGCGCCUCUCACCAUCUACCACGCCAACCAUCCCACCGCAUCGCACGGAGUAGUGGCGCAGAUGACCUUGCGACAUCGCACACAACCUCCCAACCGUCAAGUCGAUGACAGCGUCGGCGCUUCACUCCAGCUCCUCACCCAUACCUCCCGCCGAGCUCCUUAGCAACCUCCAUCUGGCCAGCUCCCCUCUCGACCCGCAUUGGGUGAGAGAGCUGUCUAACUCUGCUCGCAGCCGGGCAUACCCGUCUCCGCCCAUGUCAGGCUCGCCGCUGAAGCCCCCACGACAUGACAAUGACUUCGAUGGUCGUGGCCGCGGCCGCGGCGGGUUUGGCGGCCAGCAGCCACCGCAGACUCGAACGCAUGCGCAGCAGCUGCCACCUCAGACCGAGGCGCGCGACGGCGCAAGGGAGCCGCCUUCGGCUACCUCUCACAACCCGAGCAUGGCCAUGCAAUAUUCACCAUAUCAGCCGGGAGGGGGGAUGCCGGCUGAACAAUCGCCAUAUCAAUACCCACCGCAGCCCUCGGCACAGCUUCCAGCGCCACCUCUGCCUCCAUACGGCGGCUUCGACCAACCGCGGCCAGCGAACUACCCCUUCCAAAUGCCCGAGCGACCAGAGCCCGCCUCGGCUGCGAAGACGAGGAAGACGAAAGGCCAUGUGGCUUCUGCAUGCGUACCGUGCAAGCGAGCGCAUCUCAGAUGCGAUGCACAACGGCCAUGUUCGCGCUGUCAGAGUAAUAACAAGGAGGAUGCCUGUAUAGAUAUGGUACACAAAAAGCGCGGCCGCCCUCGACUCCGCGACGACCACAACACCCGCCUUGAUCAACCAGUUCACCCGCAACCUGACCCCCUCCACCGCCGUUCUGCUCCUCACUAUCCCACCAACUCACCACCCUCCGAACCCCACACCAGAUCCUCCUCUUCCUACCGAGUCCUCAAAUCCCAAGCACCACCACAUCUCCCUCGCUAUCUUGACCACGCGUCCCCCUCCGAUGCAAAUCUUUUCCCACCACCCGCCACCGCCCGCCCCCACGACCCCCCAGUACUCUACCUCACGCCAUCCCUACGAAUCGCCCGUGCGUCUCCAGCCUUCUCCCACGCAACCGGAAUUCCCUCUCCCGUCGCACGCUCCUUACACGACAUCCUUGCCCCGGCCUCGCGCCCCUCGGCUGCACGUCUCCAGCACAUCUUCGACGACCUCCGCCAGACAAGGGAACCGCACUACCUACCUCCUAUAUUUGGGUCAGGCGAGGAGUCACGCGUCAUUGCUGCUGUUGGGAUGACGGAGGAGGACGUGGCGCGCGUGGCUGUUGAGGCGAGGGAGGUGUUGGGGUUUCAAGGGGCUGGUGGAGAGGUCAGAGCGUUUGAGGUGGGUGUUGGGUUGGGGAGGAGGGAGGGGAUAUUUUAUGUGGUGUUGAGAUUGCUGGGGGCUGUGCAGGUACAGACGCAGACGCCGAUGCAGACACAGAUGCACAUGGGCGGUGGAAGUGGUGGAGCGGGCGGGUAUAGGGGUGACCCUAUGUUUGGUGGACAGCAACAGGGCUUGGGUCCGCAGCAGGGACAUCCGCAGAUGGGGUAUCAGCCUGUGAGGACGGCGUAUGGAGGUGGUCAGGGACAAGUGAUGGGACAGGGACAGGGACAGGGACAACAGAGUCUGGGACCGAGCCAACAGGGAUUCGCGCCUAUGCAGUCAUCGCAGGGCCAAGGUCAAAGUCAGACCCAGGACCAGGCACAAGCACAAUACGUCCCGCCCCCAUCAUCGCGCGGCACGGAUCAACGCGCGCUCCUACUCCCGCCUAUACGUAUGAGAGAAAGUGAGGGGCCGAGCGGUGCGCCGCAGGGAGGGGGUCGGAGGAGGAGUAGUAGGGUUGAUAUUGGAGGGUUGAUUGAAGGACCUGAAGGGAGGUAAAAAUUGUUGGAUUCCCCCACCAUUGGGGUUGGUGGCGGUGGUGGUGACGGGCGGUGGUUGAUUGACUGAUCAAAAGGAAAACAAAAUGGGAGGCUGGCUUUUUUUUUUAUUUAAUGGAAUGCGGGUGUUGCAUCGGGGGGAGAUUAUGUUUAUGUAUGAUAGCACGAUCAGAGAUGGGCGUCUUUGGGACAUAUUUCCUUUGUUGGUUCUGGUUCUGGCUUUUGGAUUUGAAAUGGUUCGAACGGUAGGUGGUCUGGCUUGGGCGACUGGCAUGGCAUGGAGGGUGGUGGGUGGCGGAGAAUCUGUUUGCCUGUAAUGAAUUGAGGAGGUCCGAAAUAUUGGGGAUGGAGCUUGCGACACGAAAAAGGAGGGAUGAAUGUGGUGACUGUGGUGGUGCGAAUGGGGCAUGAUGCAUGUGCAUGUGUGUACGAUUUUUACGAUGCUGCUUCUUCUUCUUUUAUUUGUUUUCUUUGUCCUUUCUUGUGUGUUGUUUUUUGUUUAAAUUUUAAUGUUUUAUGUUUUUUUUGUAUUGGACACCUCUAUUUUUUUUGUCUUCUGUUAAUAAAAAAUAAAAAAAAUGCCAUGAUUGAUCGCUUUA